GCCCCCACCCUCGCCCACCCACACUUCCUCCCUCGCCCACCAUCACCCACCCUCUGCCGCCCAAGCCUGCCCCUCGCAGCGACUGGCGGACCAUGCGGGAGGGACGUCGUGCACUCCUGAUGGGGGAGGUGAGCGACGCCGACACAGAGGAGGGUAGUGAGGGUGACCUGGGGGGCGUCACCUCCACCAGCGACUACCACACCAGCGAUGGUCGUGGUUCUUCCCUCUCAGGCGCCAGCGACGACCACCACAGGAACAACGACCACCAUCACCACCACCACCGACAAGACGACCACAUAUUUGGCUCACUCAAAAACCACAACCAUGAUGUGUUGGAGGCGGAGUACGAGUGUUACAACCACCACGUGUCGGCGCCCACCGCCCUCAUCAGAAACAACUUCCGUGGCUUCUGUACCGAGAUGCUGGGUCCCACAGCCACACCCUCACGCCAGCACCACCCACCACCACGCCCACCUCCCCCAGAGGAGUUCAGGAGUCGCUCACCGUCGCCGGAGGACCCCAGGCGACCCUCGCAGCUGGAGGAGGAACUGAGAGCUGCAGGGGUCUACUUCAGGCGGCCAGGUUCACCACCCAGAGUCCCCGUCAGGAGCUACACACCAGUUAGGAGUCGCACGCCCACUAGAAGCUAUACGCCUAACAGGAGCCACACGCCUACCAGGAGUCACACGCCCACGCGGAGCGACGUGGAAGAUGUGGCGGCGGCGCUGGACGAGCUUGAUGCGUCCCUGGCAGGGAUCAGCAGCUCCUCUGGUGAAAGUUCGCCUGCGCGGUCUCACGCCUCCAGUGUGGUGGAGCGUCGCCAGUCUGGCCCAGACCUCACACCAGCCCACACCCCCGUCUCUCCUCACACAUACUCCGUCAGCCACGCCGUCGGGGACCCUCACGUUGACACCCCCGAGUACACGGGGGCGAGGGGUCACGCCGCCUACAGUAACUUUGUGAGUUAUAACCACAACCGAGUGACCGAGGGAGGGGCAGACCCCAGCAGGCAGCCAGCAGACCCAGCUAGAGUGUCGGCAGGUGGGUACAGUGCCGGGGAGGGCAGUGGGCGGCCGAUUACCACAGUGGGCGGGAGAGGCCAGGAUGGUGGGUCACACCAGGCCCACCAGCAGCCCACCAGAGAGGGCGUCAUGGAGAACUUCAACCUCAUCGAGGAGGUGUAUGUGGGCGCCCCCCGCACUGUGCCUCACUCCUCCGUGUCCAUGCACGCCUACUACCCCGGCGUGCAGUACACGCCCCCCACACCUUCACCACCCACCAUGACGGCCGCCGGCGGGCCUCGACACUCGUCCCUCAACCCCACCAGGAGGCUGUCUGGGUCUCCCACGGUGGCACCCGGGGACAGUGACAGUGGGCACGAGAGUGGUGCUACCAGCCCCUGUGGUACUCUCACCGCCGACGACACCCACUCCCCGCCCCCGUCACCCAACACCCCCGCCCACACCAUCACCCAAACGCCCUCCACGUCCUCCUCCCUCAACCACUCCCGCACCUCCAGUUUACACUCCUGUCGCGGCGCGGGCGUGCUGGAGGGAGAGGUGGGCGUGGCGGUGGUGGGUGAUCCUUGCACCAACGUGGGCGCGAGCUUAGGCGGCGCCGUGUUGGACCCACGCCCGCCCACGCACUUCGUGGUGGUGGCCAUCGACUUCGGCACUACCUACAGCGGGUAUGCCUUCAGCUUCACCAGAGACCCUGACAGCGUCCACAUGAUGAAGAAGUGGGAGGGUGGUGAUCCAGGAGUACAGAACCAGAAGACCCCUACCAUCGUGUUGUUGACUCCCGAGGGCGCCUUCCCCCUCGGCUUCACCGCUCGGGACACUUACCACGAUCUGGACUCGAAGGAUGCCAAGAGGUGGCUCUAUUUUGACAAGUUCAAGAUGGUGCUUCAUGAUGACCAGACACUGAGUCGUGACACACUCCUGCAGGCUGCCAACGGGAAGAAGGUGCCAGCGCUACAGAUCUUCAGCCACGCCCUCGGGUACUUCCGCAACCACGCCCUUAAGGAACUGACGGACCAGGCAGGCGUGGCCGUGCUGGAGGAGGACGUUCGGUGGGUCAUCACGGUCCCCGCCAUCUGGAGUCACCCCGCCAAGCAGUUCAUGAGGACAGCCGCCUACCAGGCUGGUAUGGGGUCGAGCAGCAGACCAGAGCAGCUCCUGAUAGCCCUAGAACCUGAAGCUGCUGCCAUCUACUGCCGUCGUCUGCGUCGUCACCAGCUGCUGCCAGAACGCCCCCCGGAGAUGCGCGCCCCAAGACACUCCUUCAAUAGAGAUUCCCUCGGUAUCUCGGAUUCCACCCCGGUACCUGCCUUACCUGAGCUAGAUAGAGAGGAGCUCAUCUCACUGCCGUACCGGAGCGUGGAAACUGUUGCUGAUUGGCUGCAGGAAGACACAGUAUAUGCUGUGGUGGACUGUGGCGGUGGUACAGUGGACAUCACGGUACACCAGAUGACGGACAGGACUACCGGACACCUGAAGGAGCUGCACAAAGCCACUGGAGGACCUCACGGCUCUAUUGGCGUUGAUAGUGAGUUUGAGAGGUUCCUGGAGACCAUCUUCGGUACAGAUUUUCUCGCCACGUUUAGACAGCAGCGACCAGCAGCGUUUGUUGACCUCAUGAUAGCCUUUGAGUCCCGCAAGAGGAACGCCUCACCCUACAGGAGUAGCCCCUUGAAUAUUGCCCUGCCGUUUUCUUUCAUCGAUCUCUACCGCAAAUUUAAGGGCAAAGAUGUGGAGUGGGCAAUUAAGAAACAGCAACACCUGGGCGUGAGAUGGUCGGCCCAGGGCAUGUUAAGGGUCGAACAGGAGACUAUGAGACAUCUCUUCCUGCCCACACUCUCAAACAUUACCCAGGCGAUCGAGGCGGUGUUGUCGACGCCUGAGGUGGGGCCACUACAGUACAUGUUCCUGGUGGGGGGCUUCGCUGAGUCAGAGCUCCUGCAGAAACACAUACGGGACACCUUCGGCCACAGAGUCAACGUCAUCAUCCCUCAGGGUAUGGGUCUGGCCAUCCUCCGAGGCGCUGUUCAGUUCGGCCUUGACCCUGGUGUGGUGACCGUCAGGCGCUCUCGUCUCACCUACGGCGUCGGGGUCCUCAACCGAUACCAGAGAGGAGUCCACCCACCCGACAAGAGGGUUGAGGCGGCCGGGUCGGUGUGGUGUGCUGAUGUGUUGGAUCGCUUCGUGGUGGUGGACGAGAGUGUGGCUGUGGGGGAUGUGGUGGUGAGGUCCUACACCCCCGCCACACCUGCACAGACCACAGUCAUCCUUCACCUGUAUGCUACCCAACGACACGACGCCAAGUUUGUGACGGAGGCAGGCGUGGAGAAGGUAGGAACACUCCACCUGGACUUGGGAUCGACCACAGACCACCGACAGAACCCAGCCACCACACGAAGGGAGAUAACAGUCCACAUGAAGUUUGGCGACACGGAGGUGAAGGCAUCAGCUGUCGACCACCUGACUGGGCAGUGUGUGAAGGCCAAUAUAGACUUUCUCACACUGUAAACGUCAUCAUCAUUAUUCCUUCAUUACCAGAGCACAAAAUAGUCUUAUACCUCAUCCACUUGAUAACACAGAAGGAGAUGUACGACGGCGUGUGUUGCUCAGUCCAGCACGAACCUUUUAAGUUGUGUUGAUGUUUUUUUUAUGGAACAACCCAGGAGUGUUGUCUGAGUCAGUCUCCGCCAUGUGUGUGUGUGAAAAGAUGAAUGUACACUUCCUGUCAUCACUUUUGGGGGAUGAAGCGUGUCGAGGAGUUGCACGUUCCUCUGAUUGUUUCGUGUUUGAUAUAGAUAAGUCAAACAGCAUCUUUACAAUGUUAGUUACUUGUUAUCACAUUACAUACAAGGGAGCUUCUCCCGUCAUCAACAUAUAAAGUGUCUGUCAUCGUUGAGGAUACCAGGCAGGUUCUUGGCACUGUCUGAAGAAGGUUCUGAACGGGUGGGUCGUCAGCCUUCAACAAGACCCAGUGCCCAAAGAGGAAUUCAACUGAUUAACCCUGAUAUCAAGUUUAUAUAUAUAUAUAUAUAUAUAUAUAUAUAUAUAUAUAUAUAUAUAUAUAUAUAUAUAUAUAUAUAUAUAUAUAUAUAUAUAUAUAUAUAUAUAUAUAUAUAUAUAUAUAUUACACACUGGGUGUAACACUGUACAUAACUCAACAUGUGUUAUAAAUUCAUCUCAUUAAACAUAUAAGGAUAUUGAUUGUUUGAUCAUUUUGAAUGUUAAUGAAGAGUUAGAGAUUCCAGGUAAGACUUCGGGUGGUCAGAUGACAUAGAAAAAUAAUAACGAUUACAGUUUGAGAUGAAUUGAAGCCUCAGUCAGAAGUACCAACACACCUGACAUAUACUACAUAACCAAACAAGUUAAUUGGUGUUGUUUCAGGUAUGUAAAUACAGGUGUUGUAAACUAUGCACCACACACACAUACAAACACACAUAAUACUUUACUCUUAAGUUGAUGCCAAAGGAAUUGUACAUAAUCUUGUUCUUUUUUUUAAUUAAUGACGCUCGUGUGCCUAAUUACCCUCACCUUUACCUGUAGAUUGAACCUUUACCUGCUGAUGAGGGCUGUAGUCUGAGGAGCAGCUUCACGUCUACGAAUCAAUAUUUAGUUUUUGUUUACCUAGUGAUGUGGUUCUCAUAAUUCGGUCAAGUUUAUAGGGAAUGAUGGGUUGUAAGUCGACAGGUAAUGAUGGGUUGUAAGUCGACAGGUAAUGAUGGGUUGUAAGUCGACAGGUAAUGAUGGGUUGUAAGUCGACAGGUAAUGAUGGGUUGUAAGUCGACAGGUAAUGAUGGGUUGUAAGUCGACAGGUAAUGAUGGGUUGUAAGUCGACAGGUAAUGAUGGGUUGUAAGUCGACAGGUAAUGAUGGGUUGUAAGUCGACAGGUAAUGAUGGGUUGUAAGUCGACAGGUAAUGAUGGGGUAAGUCGACAGGUAAUGGGGUUGUAAGUCGACAGGUGUGGUUGUGGAGUCGACAGGUAAUGAAAGGUUGAAGUCGACAGGUGUGGUUGUGAGUCGAGAGGUAAUGAAAGGUUGUUAGUCGACAGGUAAUGAAGGUUGUUAGUCGACAGGUGUGGCUGUGAGUCGACAGGUAAUGAAAGGUUGUUAGUCGAUAGGUAAUGAAAGGUUGUUAGUCGACAGGUGUGGUUGUGAGUCGACAGGUGUGGUUGUGAGUCGACAGGUAAUGAAAGGUUGUUAGUCGACAGGUGUGGUUGUGAGUCGACAGGUAAUGAAAGGUUGUAAGCCGACAGGUAAUGAAAGGGUGUAAGUCGACAGGUGUGGUUGUGAGUCGACUGGUAAUGAAAGGUUGUAAGUCGACAGGUAUGGUUGUAAAUCAACAGGUAAAGAGAGUUUGUCAAUCAACAGGUAAUCAUUUAAUAAGAGUUUACCACUUAAAGAAUCGUCUCAGAGAAUCUAAACACCAAGAGAAUCAGAUUUCUUUUUUUUUUUUACAAUUUUUACAUUAGAAAAUUAUAGAAACUUUUUUUUUCAAAUUCCAAAAAAAUGUCUUCACAAAGGAAGAUCAUUAUUCAGUGCAUGUAAUCUUCCGUAUUGAGCUAGAGACUACUGCAGGGGCUGUUGUUUGCUGCUGAUGCUGUACCAUCUUAUAUUAUAAAGACAAUUAUACAUAUAUGAAUAUAAAAUAUAAAUAUAUAUAUUAUCUGUA